AUGAAGGAGGAAAACAUGUGCCCGGAGUCUCCCGAAGGCAGCCUGGUCACCAGCGAGGAGGAAGGUGAGCGACUGCACAAGAAAUGCCUCCGCAAACGAGGCCAAGCGGGCAAAGCGUUGGAGGACAGCAGAGCCGCCUCUCCGCAGGGCAAACGCUGCAAGCGCAGCCCGGUGCCGCAGUCCUUCGAGGAUGUGCACACACAGAGGGUGAUCGCCAACGUGCGGGAGAGGCAGCGGACCCAAUCGCUCAACGACGCCUUCGCAGAGCUGCGGAAAAUCAUCCCCACGCUGCCCUCCGACAAGCUGAGCAAGAUCCAGACCCUGAAGCUGGCGGCGCGCUACAUUGACUUCUUGUACCAGGUGCUGCAGAGCGAUGAGCUGGACCACAAGAUCACCAGCUGCAAUUACCUGGCCCACGAGAGGCUGAGCUAUGCCUUCUCUGUCUGGAGGAUGGAAGGGGCUUGGUCCAUGUCUGCAUCCCACUGA